AUGGCGCCAUCGUAUAGUAGCAAUGGGGGCUACGGCUACAGCAGCUCAUCCUUCCAACCCAAACACCGCCGCUCCGACUCGACUUCGUUUCUCGACGACCUGCGCGCCUUCCUCGCCCACUCGUCCCGCUCCGCCUGGCGCUUCUGGAGGGAACGCGGUCGCUUCAUCGCCUGGGCCGCCCUCAUCAAUGCCGGCCGAAGACUGCGCAUGAACCUGACGUAUAACCGCCUGUUCAGCUUCCCGCACUUGUUGGUGGCCGCGUGGAUCGUGGUCUUGCUUUGGGGCGAGAGAUGGGUGUUUCAUUCGGCCGUGGAGGAGUGUGAGUGGGAAAAGUGGGAGAGAUGGCCCGCCGGCGCGAACCCCCACCGCCUCGUUCUGGUGGCCGAUCCCCAGCUCAUCGAUCCUCAUUCGUACCCCGGCCGACCGUGGCCACUGAACCCGUUGACCAUGACGAUUGUCGACAACUAUAUUCGCCGAUCUUACACACAGAUGCAAUCGCAGCUUGAUCCCGAUACGAUAUUCUUCCUGGGCGAUCUUUUCGACGGCGGACGCGAAUGGAAGACAGCACAUGGAGAUUUCAGAGACCCGGAAUGGGGUCCGCAUCCGAAAGACGAGCAGAAAUACCUAAAGAGUUGGAAUAAAAAGUAUAAUGAGUUUUACUGGUUGAAGGAGUACGCGAGGUUUGGCGAGAUCUUCUUUACUCCGUGGCUUGAGGCCGGGCAGAAGCCGGAGAACGAACAUAAGAGGAGGAAACUGAUUGCCAGCCUUCCGGGGAACCACGACUUGGGAUUUGGUGCCGAGAUCAAACUCCCCGUGAGGAACAGGUUUGAGGCGUACUUUGGCGAGGGCAACCGCGUGGAUGUGGUUGGAAACCAUACGUUUGUUUCGGUCGACACGGUCUCGAUGAGCGCUGCUAGCUUGUCGGAGAUUGCCAGGCAGGAUGUACAGCCUAUUUACAAACCGACGGAACACUUUCUCAACCAAGUGAAGUGGACGAAGCAGAAGGCGGUGGAGAAGGAGCUGCGGUAUCUGAGGGGAGAGGUUCCCGAGGUUAAGCUCCACCACAGGAUUGAGGAGCUCAACCAGGCCAACUUCAAGGAUCAACCGCAUCUUGUCCACGACGAGAACAGCCAGAAAAUUCCCGACCUCCCGACCAUCCUUCUCACCCACGUCCCACUCUAUCGACCACCCGGCACCCCAUGCGGCCCGAAGCGCGAACAUUGGCCCCCUACACCACCGCCCAAGGGUCAGACUGAGCCCGUAUUUCCCGACCACCGCAACGCCAUCUCCAUGUAUCGAGGCUACCAAUACCAGAACGUUCUCGACGAGAAGCAGUCCAUAAGCCUGAUCGAAAAGACCGGCAACGUCAUCCACGCCUUCUCCGGCGACGACCACGACUACUGCGAAGUAGUGCACGCGCCCAACCAAGGUUCAGUCCGCGAAAUCACCGUCAAAUCCAUCAGCAUGGCCAUGGGCGUGCCCACCCCAGGCUUCCAGAUGGUCAGCUUAUACAACCCGCUCGACCCCGUCACCGGCAAGCCCCUGGCAGGUGACGGCCAACCCACCAUGCAAACCCACCUCUGCCUGCUCCCCAACCAAAUCAACACCUACCUGCACUACGUCGGCCUGGGAAUCUUCUGCGUUAUCCUCCUCGCCAUCCGUGCUUUCUUGGUUCCUGUCCUCAACCUGCCCCGCUUCGCCCUUGAUUCAGACAGCGACAGCAGCCACCACCACCCGAGCGGCAUCUCCAUCCUCCCCGUCUUCAAAGCCAAACAAGAAGAUUACGACGAGUAUAGCCUUCCCUCUGCCGGAUACUCGGCUUCUUCAAAGUACGGCUCAUCAGGCACUUCAGGCGAACGACGAACUCGUACCGCGUCAGUCAGCUCUUCUUCACUAAAAUCAUCAAAUAAUUUCAGAAACGGUCAUCACAACGAAAAGAGUGGAGGUAGUAGUGGAAGAAGCAGGAAAUCGAGCGUUUAUAGUAAUAGUAAUAAAUCAGUUAAAGGAGGGUGGUCGUGGGGUGGGAAGCAUGGCCAUCAUCAUGAGCCGAGGAUUGAGAUUCCGGGGGAGAAUGAAGAGGAUCUUUAUUAUGGUGGGGCAUUUACGAGUUCGAGUUCUUCAAAGUGGAGGGCGAGGCAGAGUAGGAAGAAGCUGAAGCCCAAGACGGCCAUGGGCGUGGUGGUGACGGAGUUGUGGACGACGGUUUGGAGGGUGGCGUGGAUGGUGGUGGUGGUUUUUGGGUGGUUGGCUUGGAAGGGGUGAGUUGGCCCGUUGCAUUGUAUAGGGGAGGGAAUUGAAGAAAUGGGGGGUAACAUGGUGAUAGAGCAAGAAAAAAAGAAUUGGUUGUAGCGGGCGUGAAAGGGUAUGUUAUCUGAUGAAAUCAUCCAGGGGCAUCAAAUAGGUGCCGGUACAUACUAUGAAUCUUAUCCACCCAUUCAGAUA